AUGCCCGGGGAACUGGUCCGACCGGCUCCGGAUCUGGGCCAGAGCCAUCUCUCCGCUAAGAUAUUACCGCUAAUAGAUAUUGAACCUCCGGCCACUAGGCGCGCUGCACCGCCGCUUUUGCCCGCCGACGUUCGUCGUGCUCGAUUUGCUUUUAAAUUGAUUAUUGCAGAAGCGGCCCGUCAUGUUUCCACUCAUAAGGCAUGUAUUAUGCCG